AUGCGGCGGCCUGCUUGAACAUAGGGCUACCAAAAAUUCCACCUUACAACAUUUUGCAAAAUUGCUUUGGUUUGCUCUUUUAAUUUUGUUUUAAUUUAUCAAUAAUGUGUCCUAAUCGUAUUAUAUAUAAUCGCGCAUUUUUAAAAUCAUUACAACCUAUCGCGUUGUGUCAUCCACAAAAAUUGAGAAAAAAGCAUCACUGUGGCUGGCAGCGUGCACUGAAACGUACACAAAUUAAUCAAAUGACUGUUCCUGAACUCGUUAGCACUAAUUGUAGAUCCCUGUCCAACAAAAUGGAUUACCUUCAAUCCCUAAUGUAUUCCAAUGUUUAUCGAAAUGCUGGCGUUUUAGCAAUACAAGAGACUUGGCUGCACCAGCAUUAUGAUGAUAAUCUAGUUUCAAUAAAUGGAUAUAAAGUUUUUCGCCAAGAUAGAAAUAGUUCCAAGAAAAAAUAUGGAGGAGGGGUAGCCACAUAUAUAAACACAAAUUGGUCUACAUCAAAUCACGUUUGCUUCAAUUAUUCUAAUGACAAUAUAGAUUGCAUAACCGUCAGGUGUCGCCCAAAACACUUAAGUAAAUAUUCUUAUAUAUACAUAACAAAUAUUUACAUAACACCCGAUUGUAGCCUUUCUAAUAUAGUUAUGUUUGCAGAUGAGUUUACUGAAUUCGCUGCUCCUGCAUUCGGAAACUCGUUGUCUAUAGUCUGUGGUGAUUUUAAUUUAUGUGAUCACAGCUUUCUUACUUCGCUUGGUCAUGAGAAUCUAGUCAAGUUUAAUACACGUCUGGACAAAUCACUAGACCUGGUUUUCAUAAAUGACCGUGAUGUAUAUGAAACCCGAAGGAGAGCUCCUUUGCUAAAUUCUGACCACUGCAUUAUUCGUAUUUUACCGAAAGUGUACGGCAAGUCACAACGAAAAUUGUUUAGUCAUUUAACAAAGAAGAUACAUGAACGUUCAUAUUCCCAUGACAACAUUCUAGCAUUAAGAAGCAUGUUGCAUGAUACCAACUGGGAACUGUUUACUGACGAUAAGUUGGAUGCUACUGUCUCUAAUAUAACCGAUUAUCUGAAGUUUUGUUUGGAUAUUUGCUGUCCUUAUGAAACACUGUUUUCGAGAUUUGACAGAAUCUCUUCUGUGCAACUGAAAAAACUUAGAAGACAAAAAGAGAAGUUGUAUAAAAAUUGUGAUAAUACUGGUGUCCGUAAAAUAAACACCCUUAUAAAAAUUGAAAUAGAAAGGUUGAACAGACUAUAUAAUGAAAAAUUUUUAUCAUGUAAAAAUCCUUCAAACAUUUGGAAACUUUUCAAUAAACUAACAAGUAAAAAACAAAUGUCCGUUGAUGCUUAUUCUGAUGUUAAUGCUUUAAACAAAUCAUUUAUCAAGAAACAAAUUAAUAUGGUUGUACCUGAUGUACCUAGUCAAGAAAAUGGUCAUUUUCAGGGUUUUGAAGAAAAGGAUGUACUAUUAUGUUUGAAGUCAUUAAAUCCAACACACAGCCUUGGUCCAGAUGGUGUACCAAGCAUUCUUCUCCAAAAGUGUGCAGACAUCUUGUGUCAUCCUCUUACUCAAAUCUUUAACGCAUCAUUUAAGAGGGAAACGGUACCUGCUGACUGGAAAGAAAUCAAGGUUGUACCUGUACAGAAAUCAUCUUCUGGAGCAGGUAUAAAAUUUAGACCAGUCGCUAUAACAUCUCCUUUUUUGAAAACUAUGGAGAAACUUCUUUUGUAUAUUCUUAAACCUUCUUUAAAAGCUUUUAAUGACCCUAAGCAGUUUGCUUAUAAGUGUGGAAGAAGUACAUUAGAUGCAGCCAUUGUACUACACCACAAUAUUGUUUCCUGCCUUGAUAAGGGCGCUAAGUUCGUUCGAACAGCUUUCUUAGACUAUACUGCAGCUUUCGACUCUGUUUCUAGGACACUUUUAUUAGGAAAGAUGAUUUCAGCACAAACAGAGUCCUGGGCAACUAGAUGGCUGUCUUCUUAUUUUAAGGAUAGGAAACAGCAUACUGUUUUGGCUGGAAAGCGCUCCACUUCCCAGCUAACUGAAAGUGGUGUGCCUCAAGGUGCAGUACUUUCUCCAUUUCUUUUCUCUUUCUUUCUGCAUGACCUUCCGAACUCACCCAAAGUUAACUUCAUUAAGUAUGCUGAUGACCUGACCGUUUCUGUCCCUGUAGUUUCCACAUCGGAUUGUUCCUAUAUGAAUGGCUUCCUAGCUGAAGUUAAGGAUUGGUCUGGCUCAAAUGGUCUUAAACUAAAUCCAACUAAAUGUAACACUGUUGAUUUUAGCUUGAGAAGUGAAAAAGUCAUGCAUGGAUUGAUUCAAUCUCAUGAUUGUUGUAAUAUUGAUGGUACCAUGAUAGAGAGUAAGUCAAGUGUUUCUUAUCUUGGCAUUAGUUUCUCGUCAAAUCUUUGCUGGUCGUCUCAUAUUCUUAUAGUUUCUAAGAAAGUUUUCCGUCUGACUUAUUACAUAAAGAAGUUGAGACACUCAGGUAUAACUCAAUCUCUUAUCAUACAAUUUAUUAAUUCAUGUGUUUUGCCCAUCAUUCUUUAUUGUUCUCCAUUAUUCUUCCCUGGGCUACUCAAGAAAGAUCAUAUAAUACUACGAAGAACAUUGAGGGCUGUAAGUAGGGUCAGUGCUAUCCCUUUGACUGAACUAAAUGACACUGUUGUCAAUAGGCAUAUGAAUUCUUGUAAACACUUAGCUAAAGUUAUCUUAUCUGAUAGUGAACAUCCUCUUUAUUCACAAUUAUUUCCUUGUAUCUCUUCGGGUAAGACCAGAAGAAAUUUUAUAAACAUUUAUGCUCGUACUACAAAAUAUAAAAAUUCGACCGUUCCAUAUUUGGCACGAGUAUUGUGUGAAGAGACAAAUAUCAGAAAAGAACUUUUACAACUUUUGAAUCAGUAACUAAACUAUAAAAUGUAAUGAUGCAUAUUAAUGCAAGUGUUAUUUGUUAUAUUAUUUAUUUAUUAUUCACUAUGACCUAGAAAUGGUAUGAUUUUGUUGGGUUUUUUAUUUAUAUUUAUUUUUAUUAUUUUUUCCUAUUAACUAUCAAUAUUUUAACAUUUUAUAUAUUUAUAUAAUUAUAAACAGAGCUAAACCAUUGCAAUAUGUAAAAGAAACGCUGAAAAUUCCAUGCUGUAAAUUGUUAUUGUUGUGGAAUAAAGUGAUUAUUAUUAUUAUUAUUAUUAU